UAAAACAUAUUUUUAUUAUCUAAAGGAAAAAAUUUUUUAAAGUGACGUUAAAUGUUGUUGUUACUUUUAUAUUGUUUAAUAAUCAAAUAAUUCUUCAAAAAAAGAUUUACUAUAGUGACUCAUAAUCAUUUUUUUAAAAUUUACCUAUUAUGUAUUUUUAGUAGUUAAAAUAAACACGUAUGUAAAUCGAUUUGGGUAGUGUGAAAUUACACGAAUAAACUGUGAAAAUUUGAAAUUUUGCGAUCGCCAGAAUAAAAUAGUCCUUUACCAAAACUUACAAAUAAAAUUUACAAAAUGCCGAGGAGCGACAAACGAAAUUUUAACCAAAUUGAUAAAGAAGAACUAGUUAUUACAGAUCAAUUUGUUUAUGAAUUUGCAUUAAAUUUGUACCACAACAAGUGCUUGGAUGAGGAAUUACGUAUUUCAAAAAAUAAGUUAAGAAAAAAAUUCUUUGACUUCUUUAAUGAAAAGGGUAUAUUAUACGAUCAUAAUCAAGAUAAAAAGAUUGGAACAAUAUUAAGUGACUGUAAUAUAUUAUAUAAAUCGUCAUCGGAUUUAUUUUGCUUAAAAUUUUCCAAACUCUUUGAAUAUGAGCGGUCUGUUAUUGACAAAUAUGAUAAUGAACAAAUCAGGAAAACAGAAAAAAAAACAUUAUUGCAACAAAUAUCAGAUCAAAAAUCAGAUGAUUACGAAAUCGAAAACAAUUCUGUAUUGGAAUUUUUAGAAUUUCAAAGUUGUGUCAGAACGGAAAAGAAUAAUCAAUUUGUUUCAACUAAUUUUGCUUGCUAUAUUUGUCAACAGAAUUUAUCUCCUACUGAUUUGCAGGAUCAUAUACCAAUUCAUAAUGACAUGACGGAUUUUGAGUGGUUGAAAAAUAAUCCAAGUGAUUUAAAUGCAAAUUUUGAAGUGUUUUAUCAAACCUGCCGCAAUCAAUACUAUUUGAAGUUUACAAUGAAAACCAAAAAGAAUAAUAUCAAAAUUCGGAGAAUUAUAACAAUCAGAUCAAAUUCUAUUACAACUCUUAAACGGAAUGAUGAGGAUAAUGAUAUAUUAAAAAGUGGUUUGUGUUCCUUUGUUGUUGAUAGACAUAUUUUCAAUAUUGACACUGAGCAACCAGUUGUUGUUAUUUAUCAAAUGGAAAACAUUAAUGAAAUAUUCAUUGAACAUUAUUUUAUGCGCUCAAAAGCUUUAUCGCCUAUAAAUCCCCACAUACUUCCAGGAUAUUUAUCUGAAGCAGUUCUAAAAAGAUCUGAACUUUCGAAGUUAAAAUUGCAAGAAUAUCAUCCUGAAUCUAAAUUAAAAGAAUUAUGUUCAAAACAAAAUUCAAAAAAUUAUUUAAUGAUGUACAACAACUACAUUAAUGAAUACAUUAAUAAUGGGAAGAAAUUAUCAUGUACAAAUAUAGCACAUAUUUUGAAAUUUUUAGUACAACUGGAAGACAUUGAAACACAAAAUUUUUAUAAGAAACUAAAACAAAAUCAAGCAACUAUUAAAGGAUCUGGUCGCGAUUUUUCUGUCAAGGUAAACUUACCAAAAAAUAUAAAAUUGGAAGAAGUUGUAAAGCCUGGUGAUGAAGUAAUUCUAAAAUUGUCAAAAAAGGAACCUACAAGAAAUGCGAAAGAAGAAAAUGUGUUUCACUGUGUAGUAAAUCGUAUAUAUGAUAAAAACGUUUGUUUUGAAUCUAGAAAAGGAAAAUCAAAUAUAAUAAGCGUUCAUAAAAAAUAUGAUAUUGAAUUUAUUCCUAAUCGUCUUAAUUUUAAAUAUCAAUAUUCUGCAAUUGAAGUAAUAGAAAAAAAUUCCCAAUUAAAAUCCUACUUGUUUCCCAAAGUUUCUAUUUCGAAUACGGCUGGAAUAUUAAGUUUGGAUAUAAUUAAUAAAAGCGUUGAGAAAAAUCCCGAACAAAAACAGGCUGUUUUAAAUAUAGUAAAUGGUGUAAAAGAUUUGCCUUAUAUAAUAGUUGGGCCACCAGGAACUGGAAAAACUACUACAAUAGUAGAAAGUAUUUUACAAGUUAAGUUAAACCAUCCGAAAGAAUGUCGUAUUAUAGUAACUGCUGGUUCUAAUGCAGCUUGUGAUGAAAUUGGAAAAAGGCUAGUAAAAUUAAUAGAAAGUACACCAAGAAUUCGUCAUAUCAAAGUUCUCCGUUUGUAUGCUAAAUCUGUUGAAGUUAGAUCUGAAAAUAUUGAUGAAAAUUUGAUUGCGGUGUCCAAUUUGGUUUAUGGCGAUCACUUUUAUCCAUCAUUAGAAACAAUUGGGCUUUAUCAUGUCGUAAUAAGCACGUUAUCAGUUUUGGGACGUCUUACAUCAAGCGGUAUGCCAACAAAUUUUUUUUCAUAUUGUUUUAUUGACGAAUGCGCAGCAUCAACCGAGCCAGAAGUUCUUGUUGCAGUAUCAGCAGUUUAUCAUUCAAAAAUAAAUAUCGUAGUAGCUGGUGAUCCUAAACAAUUAGGGCCCAUAUUAAAAUCUGAUACGGCUGCAGAAUUUGGGUUAAAGUUUUCUUUUAUGGAAAGACUGUUAGAUACAGAUUGUUACCAAGACACAAGAGACAAAAGUUAUAAUCAAAGAAUACAAACUAGGCUUGUAAGAAAUUUCAGAACCCACUCCGAUAUUUUGCAAGUUUCAAAUAAUCUAUUUUACUCAAAUAGUCUAAUUGCCUGUGCUCCUAAAGCAAUAACUCAUUGGGCUGCUAAUUGGUUCCGUUUACCUAAGGCUGGAGUACCGAUAAUUUUUCAUUGUGCAAAUGGUUAUACUAAGAGUGAUAAACUUUCCACUAGCCUUUAUAAUAUGAGAGAAGUUAAUAUAGUACUGGAUUAUGUAAAAAAACUGAUGUAUUUUAAAAAACUCGAAGGUAGAGAUAUAAAAGAAGAAGACAUUGGAGUAAUAUCUCCUUAUAAAAAACAAAAUGUGAUAAUUAGAGAGGAAUUAGAUAAACGACAUUGGCAUAAUAUUGCAACAGGAGCUGUAGAAACUUUUCAAGGGCAAGAAAAACCUAUAAUUAUUAUUUCGACUGUACGGUCAAUGUUUUCAGACAAAAGUGGUCCAGGAUUUUUGGACAACCCAAAGCGUUUAAACGUUAUGCUUACAAGAGCGCAAGCUCUUUUAAUUAUUGUGGGAAAUUUAGAACUGUUGAAAGGAAUUGAAAACUGGAAAGAAGCUAUAGAUUAUUUCGAAAUAAGGAAAGUUGUAACAAAUAGCAAUUUUUUAAAAGUAAAAAGCGUCGUUCAUGAACAAAAUUAUUUACAUUGUUCAAAUAGUUUACAAAAUUUAAGUAUUGCCAAUAAAACACCGAAUCGACGAAGAAAUCGAAAUAAACGUAACCGAGCCCGUUCCUCGCAAAAUUUAAGUACAAAAAAUGAAAGUGCAAGAAAUGGAAUAUCUGAGGAAAAAAAAGUAGAAAAUUGGCUUACCGAAAAUAGAAAUUUUCAAAAAAAAAUUUUGAAUGUAGAUAAGGAAAAUAAAACAAGUUUCAAAAUCGAUUAUGAUUCAGAUUCCAUCGCUUCAGAUAUACCUAACCCAUUUAAUUUAGAUUUCUUAAGUAGCAUUAAUUUUAAUAAUAGUAAAAUGCAUGACACAACUGGCUUCGGUUCAAACAGCGCUAUUACUGAUUACACACUAUAUCCAGCGAAUGUUGAAGCAGUAGAAAAACAGACAAAUUCAUUUAUUGAAAAGCCCAUAAACAAAAUUGAUUUCGUUGAAUCUGACUCUCUUCCUGAUAAAAAACUUUUACACCAGUUCAACAGUUCCAGCAGUAAUAAAAUCGAAACAGGUUCCAAUAUAAAAUUAAAUUCAUUUGUUAUAUCUGAAGUUCCGCUAAAAGCACCAGUUCCAUUACAAACGAAAAAGCCAAAGAAAAAUAAAAGUGCAAAUUGUUCCCUUUGCUAAUUUUAAAAUUUGCUUUUUAUAUUAUGUAUUAUAACGUUGUGAUGAUUUUAAUAAAAGUACAAACUGCUUUUUCAUAACAUAA